AUGUCUGCAUCGGCAGUUGGAAACACCUCCCCAGUCGACUCUAAGAGCUCUAAGAAGAAGCGUGGUAAGGCCGAAACUCCUGCGACGCCUCCAACUCCUUCCGCCCCAGAGUCAGCUUCUGUUGCUGAGUCGACUGCCAAUGGCGCUGGCUCCGAUUUUUCCUAUCUGAAGGACCUUCAAAAGUACGCUUUCCCUAUGUCUAGACCUUCGAGCUUGAGAAAUGCAACCAAGAAGCUGAACGCCACGGCUAAGGUCGAUACCAUUGUUGCCGAAAAUCCUGGGCUAUCGCUGGAUGAUCUGGUUGCUGCCAAAAAGAUCAAUGCAGACCAGAAGGCGCAAAUGAUAAAAAAGCCCGCCCUCCAGGAAAACGUUGCAUCCAUCGAGGAGCAGAUCUCUCAGUUCAAACAAUAUGGCGCGCACUAUGAAGAACGUCUCGCAAAACAAAAGGCAGAGCUGGAAAAGACACAUCAAGAGCAAGUGGAUGCUAUCAAGAAAGAUGCUACUGCUGAUGCCCAUCAAACUGCAGAGAAGGACUUCAAGGAGAAACUGCUUAUCCUCAGUAAAUUCUUGCGUGCUGCUGCUGCUAUGAGACGUAGUGGAGAUGAAAAUUCAACCGACAGCCGUGCUUUCGAAGGUUUAUUGUUUCAGGUGUAUGGAGGCACAGAUGAAGCAGUUGAUGCCAUGGAAAAGUUGAUCAAGGGUGCUGAAGAGAACGUUACAAGUGUCGACGGAGACGCAAUCGAAUUGACCUAUGAACGAGUCAAACAGGCAUCGUUGGACUACCAGCCCCCGGCAGAGACAUGGACUGAAGAAGCUCAACAGUCUACCGAAUCGAUUCUCACCUCUAGUGCUAUCCAGGCUACAGACCCUACCCUAGCGAACGCCGGGAUGACUGAAUUGCAGGAUCAGUCCUUAAUGGCCCAGGUAUCAACAAUGAACUCCUCUACACUCCAGCCCGCAGAGACUGUCCCAGCACAAGCCGUUGUUGCGAAUGACUCUGCUAAUGCUGUGGCACAGGCUGCAUGGGCCACCCAGCCAGCGAUGAGCUCUUCCCAAAUGACCGAGGAAUGGGUUAACGUUGAGAAUCCGGACAAGAUCGCAGAGGCCUUGGCAGCAUCGCAAGAAGCUCCACGCCCUCCCUUCCAGUCUUCCAACAGUUGGGCCGAUGAUAUCCCCGUCGCCCCUCUUGCUUCAACCCAGGGCGUUCAGCAAGUGGACGGCUUUGAGCCCGUCCUUCAUCAUAACAGACAGAACAGCGGACGUGGCAGAGGCUUCCGUGGCCGUGGCCCGCGAGGUGACGGCUAUCGUGGACGAGGCGGCUACUUUCGUGGAGAUCGUGGAGACUUCCGUGGACGUGGACGUGGCCGUGGAGAGUUUAGAGGUGGCCGUGGUCGCGGGUCAUUCUCCCAUCAGGCCGGAGAAACUGGACCGGCACAGUAA